GUUGUCCUCUAAACCACCAGAAAUAAGAAUUUCAUCUCAACAUUGACUUUCUUUUGCUUUUUUACACACGGGAAUAAUUGAAAAUUUACAAUUCAUUUUUUUCCCCAUAUUCUUUUCUACAUGUAAUCAACAUUUUAUCCAUUAACUUGUGAAUUGGACAAAGAAAUAUGUCAAUUUUGAGUCCCAAUUCAUUACAAAAGCUCCAAUGAUUGCGUUGUUUGAACAUGAUUUUUGUUUUUGUUUUUAUUUUUCCUUUGAUAUAAUUAUACGUUUGCAAUGGAGGGAUGAAAUUGGUUUGGCGCGGUGAGAGAAGAUGAAUUAUUGAGAAUUGUAGAGAUUUUUGGGAUAUAUUCAAUUUAGAAGAAAGCAAAAAAUGUCUAUUCAUCAUCAGGGAAAUGUUGAUAGCAACAAUGUUACAGGUUCUUGCCUUUACGAACUUCUGCAAAUGGAAUCAUCUGCAAAUUGUAGCGGUCAUCAACCAGAAAGACGAAACCGUUCUUCAAGUCCUCGACAUAGACUACAGAGGCUGUUGAGUGAAUCUGGCAAUAGAUUCUGUGCAGAUUGUGGAUCUCCAGAUCCAAAAUGGGUAUCAAUAAAUCUUGGAAUUUUUAUAUGUAUCAAGUGCUCCGGAGUACAUCGAAGCCUUGGAGUGCACAUAUCAAAGGUUCUGUCAGUGAAGCUCGACGAGUGGACAGACGACCAGGUUGAUAGUAUGAUAGAGAUGGGUGGAAAUAGUGCAGCAAAUAUGAAGUAUGAAGCUGCCAUUCCUGAUAGUUACAGGAAGCCCAGACCCGAGGCAUUGAUAGAAGUGCGGACUGACUUCAUCAGGAGAAAAUAUGAGCUGCAGCAAUUUCUAAACUCUGAUGAACAGAUGAUUUGCCCCUACCCACCGUCAUCGUCUUCACAUUGCAAUUCUUUAAGCCUUACUUGUAGUUUGGCUCUGGAUAAGAGGAAUUAUGAGAAACAAUCGACUGGACAUCGUAUCCAUGGCAUAGGACACGCAUUUCGCAAUAGCUGGCGACGGAAAGAAUCUGAACACAGGAGUACCAAGAAAAGUAAUUCAAUGGCAGGUAUGGUUGAGUUUAUAGGAUUGAUAAAAGUCAAUGUGGUGAGAGGGACCAACCUAGCUGUCCGUGAUGUCGUAACAAGUGAUCCUUACGUAAUUCUCUCCUUGGGAAGCCAGUCCGUCAAGACACGUGUUAUAAAGAACAAUCUUAACCCAGUAUGGAAUGAAAAGCUAAUGUUGUCAAUUCCAGAAAAUGUUCCUCCUUUGAAAAUGCUUGUGUAUGACAAGGAUACAUUUACAACGGACGACUUCAUGGGGGAAGCUGAGAUUGAUAUCCAGCCCCUUGUUACUGCAGCAAAGGCAUCUGAAAAUUCAACACUUAGUGAAUCAAUACAGCUUGGGAAAUGGAAAGCAAGCAAAGACAACACUCUAGUUAAAGAUGGCAUGAUUAGUCUAAUAGAUGGAAAAGUGAAACAAGAGAUCAGUGUGAAGCUUCAGAAUGUUGAAAGGGGAGUACUUGAGAUUGAGCUUGAAUGUGUUCCUCUCACGCAAUAGCAGGUACCAGUAAAGGAAACGAAGUAUGAGCAUCUUAGCCAAAGUUGGAGCUUCUCAUUACAUUUGAGUUGGUCAAGGGCUUCAAACAUAGACCCCAUAGAAGAAGAAAAUGCAAUAUGCAGGGAAAGUAUACUGAAAUUAGUUAUACCAUUGCCAGAAUUUCUAGUCUGGAUUAGUCGCAAAAGGUGAAUUAUGCUCGUUACACAUGGCUGAAAUGGUAAAGGGUCGACCAGUUGAAUGGACAAGUGUAGACUGGUAGAAUUGCAAGGAAAUCCAGAAUCACACCAUCAUUCAACUUUUUCUGUCAUAUUAGACUUUUGAUAUUGCUAGGGCAAGAUAACAUUUUAAUGAACUGUAUGUAACUGUUCUAAACAAAAUAACCAUUUGUCUGGCUUUAUUAACGUU